AACAAUAAACAAAUAAAGAAUAUUUUUCUGCAACAAUAUUCAAAGAAAGGGAAGAAAUUACAAUUUAAAUUCAAAUACCCCAUCAAAUAUGACCAAUCAGAGUGUCGGAAUUUUCUUUAGUUCCAUUAUGGCGAUUAUGGCCUCUCACUACUUAAUAAGUUAAACACUUUUAUUGAAUGAAAUAAGUUUAAUUUCUUGUUGUUAUAAUUCUCACUGUAUGGCACAACAAGUAUAAUUGUCAAUAAUUUAUAAAAAGAUGGACAGUCCACCUGCAUUAGAAACUGUUUACCAGGCAAUAUAUUCUUCUCACAAUCAACCAAAUAGUACAGAGCAACAGAAAACUUCGUUAUCAUGGCUCGACGAACUACAAAAAUCUGUAUAUGCUUGGAAGAUAGCAGACCAAAUGUUGCAACAAAAGAGAGACUUAAUUUCUUGCUAUUUUGCAGCGCAAACAAUGCGAUCGAAAAUUCAAUUAUCAUUUCAUGAAUUGCCUGUUGAUGCUCAUUCUUCUUUAAGGGAUUCUUUAAUGGAGCAUUUGUCACAAAUUAACGAAAAUACUAAUACGGCAAUUGUUACCCAAUUAUGUUUAGCACUGGCAGAUUUGGCGCUACAAAUGCCUAGUUGGCAAACACCGGUUAUAGAUCUAAUAAAUAGAUACGGUGGAAAUGCUACUAGUUGGUGGCCUUUAUUAGAAAUAAUGACUGUUCUUCCAGAAGAAGUUAAUUCUAGAAGUCUCAGACUAGGUUCUAAUCGUCGACAGCAAGUCCUUUCAGAACUCACUGCGAUUGGUGAAACUGUAUCGGAAUUUUUGAAAGUUUGUCUUAACAGUGGUAGUGAAAAUAUUCAAAUCCACAUACGAGUUUUACGAUGUUUUACAAGUUGGAUUACAGUCCAUGCGAUAUCCUUGGAAUCGGUGCCUGUUAGCGAAGUGGUAGCUUAUGCAUUUCAAGUAUUGGGCAAUUACGAGACAGGAUCACAAUUGCACGAAGCAGCCACCGACUGUAUUUGUGUGAUAUUGCUGGCAUUAGAGGAGAAUAGUAAUACGAGAAGUGGUCAAAAUAAUAGUAUUCAGUUGCAACAGUUACAAUUGUGCCUCUUUACAAGUGUCAUGGGAUUGGAGCAGCCUUUCCACUUGUCAGUGGCUCAUGAAUAUUUGGAAAAAUCGAUUAAUUAUUGUCGUAUCUUCACUGAGCUAGCGGAAACUUUUUUAGAAACCAUUGUCACUGGAUGCAGUGGUGGAAGACAACAUUAUGCCAUUAAAAUAUUAGACUUUGUACUGACUUGUGUUGGACAUCACGAUUAUGAGGUGGCACAAAUAACAUUUAAUCUUUGGUAUCGAUUAUCAGAAGUACUGUACCAAAGAAAUAACGAUGACUUGAAUACUGUCUUCAGGCCUUAUAUUGAAAGACUUAUCAGAGCUCUUUGCAAGCAUUGUCAAAUGGAACCUGAUCACCUUGGUCUAGUUGAAGAAAUAAGUGGCGGAGAAGAGUUUGCCGAUUUUCGAAUACGUGUAUCUGAAUUAAUAAAAGAUGUGGUAUUUGUUGUUGGAAGUAGCCAUUGCUUCCGACAAAUGUUCUUUACUCUAACCGGAGGAGCCGGAGAUCAAAAUCAACCAACUCCAACUUGGGAUUCAACGGAAGCUGCUCUUUUUGUCAUGCAAGCUGUAGCAAAAAAUAUUUUACCUUCGCAUUUUAGAGAAGAGAAUGAAGUCGUUCCGAAAGUUGUGGAGGCUAUUCUGCAUUUGCCGGAGAAUACACACAUUGCAGUACGACACACAAGUAUACUUUUACUUGGAGAACUUUGCGAAUGGAUUGACAGUCAUCCGCAGUCGUUGGAACCAAUAUUGAAUUUUCUCUUGGCCAGUUUAAGUCAAAGAGGACUUGGAGGUGCUGCCUCGGGUGCCUUGCAAAGUAUAUGUUCGGCUUGUCCGGCUCACAUGGCUUCGCAUUUUCCUGGACUGUUGCAAAUUGCACGUUCAUUAGAUGGUUUCGCCAUUAGUAACGAAGCGUCUAUAGGCCUUUUAAAGGGAGUUGCGAAAAUACUCUCAAGAUUACCCCAGGAGGAAAUAGAUCGCUCUAUGAAGGAAUUGUGUUGGUUUCAAGCGAGGCCAUUGUGCGAACUUAUGGAGAAUAGAGCAAUUCCAGUGGACAAAGGUACAAAGACUGAUCCUGUAACUUGGUUGGAUAGAUUAGCGGCUAUUUUUAGAAACACGAGUCCUCAAGUUGAUGAUACUAACGAAUCUCAUCCUUGUCAAGGAGCCAUCACUGAAAUGUGGCCAGUAUUAUCGAACGUCUGCUCGAAUUAUCAGCAUGAUUCUAGAAUUAUGGAAAGGUGUUGUCGCUGUUUACGGUUCGCUGUCCGUUGUGUGGGCAAAUAUUCUGCACAUCUUCUGGAACCUUUAGUGAAACAGAUUGUCCAAUUGUACGCAGUCUAUCAGCAUAGUUGCUUUCUAUAUUUGGGAUCAAUUCUUGUCGAUGAGUAUGCAUCUGAAAUUGAUGCAGUGUCUGGACUUUUGAGUAUGUUGGAAGCAUUUAUUGAGCCGACUUUUACAAUUCUUCAGGAAGCAGAUGGACUUAAAAAUCAUCCUGACACUGUUGAUGAUCUCUUUCGUUUAUGUGCAAGAUUCUUGCAAAGAGCACCGGUACCAUUUUUAAAUUCAGGAACAAUUGGCAGUAUUGUUGAUUGCGCUUUAGUUGCUUGCAGUCUUGAUCAUCGAGAUGCAAACGCUUCAGUUAUGAAAUUUUUCUACGAUCUUCUUCAUAGUGGUCGUAAUAUUGAGAAUCGAUCAGAUUUUACAAUAAGACGUCAAUUAGUUCAAGAAAUUGUUCGAGAGAAGGGUCAAACAUUGGUGGCAAGACUUUUGCACGCCGCCGUCUUCUCACUCUCGACUUAUAUGCUGUCGGAUUUAGCGGAUGUUUUUGUUGAACUCGCAUUAACGAGUAGAGAGAUGGUAUCGACUUGGUUAGAGGAGGCAAUAAAAGCAAUGCCAGCUCAAAAUGCAGGAGGUUCGCCAACAGCGACACCAGAGCAACUCAUGGAAUUCAUCAACACUGUAACAAGGGUAGAAAAUCCAAAGACAGUAACUCAUUCUCUAAGGAAUUUUGCACGUCUAUAUCGUUGAAAUAUACAAAGAAGGAUAUCAAUUUGGAAAAGUUAAAUUGCAAUCAGAAUGUUGAGAUUGUUCAAACAUUACAAUUUUAAAACAUUUCUGGUUCUUUAGAGAAAAUAUCCGCUUGCCAGAAGUGCAAUAAUUGCAAAACAACUAAUACCACAUUGUUUAUCAUUCACUCGAACUAAUUCAAUUGAUAUAAAUGAAAUUCCAAUCAUCGGUAAUUAUAUACACGGAAAAUUCAAUAGUCUAGGUCUGCUAGAUUUUAAAUUUUUACCUAUUUUCUCUUUAGGUAAUGAAACAAAGAGUAAAUAAUUUUUGAAUGAGGUAUGUGAAAUUCUUUAUAUUCAGACAAUAUUACUUCCAAACUAUUUUUUUAUUUCACGCAUAUAUAGAUUCUCUGGUUAGGAAAUAAACCAUAAUUACAAAUUGUAUUUAUUUACACAUUCAAGGAGAAAGAAUUUUCAAUACAAGAAUUUUCAAUUGAAAAUUUAAAUUGAAAAUUAUUGAAAAUUAUUGAAACAAAUGUGACAAAAUUUGCUUAAAUUACAGAAUCUUGACAAUGAGACUGAAAAUAAAAAUGAACCAAUAUAAAUUCAAUAAUUUCUGGACAGGAGAGAUAAAAAGUAAUUUUUUAAUUACCUUCAAUUAUAUAGAACGUGACGAAUUUUAUGACUUUAAUGCAAUUACUUUAAUGCAAUUUGUUAAUAAUUUGACAAUUUUACAAAUAAUGAUUUUAAUUCGAUUUACCAUUGGUUCAUUUUAAUUGCAGAUCUCUUAGAUUUCUUUAUCAAUUCUCAUUUAGCAGCAAGUUGCAUUGUAUUAUAUAAAAAAAAAGUUAAAUUGGUAGCUCUCGAAAACUCUGCAUGUACAAAAAAGUAAAAAAAAAAAAAAAUGAAUUAGAGUGAGAAUGAGCUGUAUUUGUAAGUAAACGAGUGUUUGAAUAUAUGCUUAAAUCUGUCUGUGACUGUAUUAUAUAAUGUAAAAAAAAAUCAUUAAGAUAAGGUAUCGUGCGAUAAUGCGUCUCUUUUUAUCGCUUUUUUGCAAUUAUUAUAAUAUAAAAUUCAACAGCAA